GGGAGGCCUUGGUUGAAUGUACUUUGUGCACACAGUAUAAAGAUAGAGAGUUCUCGUCAGAGCAUUGGAGUAUUCUUCUGAAUUUAUUGCAGGUAGCUUUCUGAAACUGAAAGGAUUUGACUGAUAAUUGGAGGACGUGGUUGAAUUUACUGUGUGAACACAGUGAAUAUUCUUUUGAGAAUUGGGGUACCAUUCUGAAUUUAUUUCAGGUAGAUAUCUGAAAGGAUUUGACUGACAAUUGAGGAUUCGGUUGAAUUUACUGUUUGCAUACGUUUAAAUUUAGAGAAUUUUUGCCUGAGAAUUUGUUCAUUGUUCUGAAUUUAAUACUGACAGGUACUGGAAAGUGAAAGGAUUUGACUGAUAAUUGGAGGAUUCGGUUGAUUUUACUGUGUGCACACAGUUAAACAUCCAGAAUUUGUGCCUGAUAACUAGACUACUCCUGUGAAUUUAAUGCUGGUAUAUAUCUGAAAGUUACAGAAUUUGGCUGAUAAUGGGAGGGCUUGGUUGAAUGUACUUUGUGCACACAGAAUUCUCGUCUGAGAAUUGGAGUGUUAUUCUGAAUUUGUUACAGACAGCUUUGUGAACCUGAAAGGAUUUGACUGAUAGUUGGAGUUUGUGGCUGAAUUGACGCUGUGCACACAGUGAAAAUUCAGAAUUUCUGUCUGAGAAUUGGAAUACUCUUCUGAAUUUAUUUCAUGUAAAUAUCAGAAUCUGGAAGGAUUAGACUGAUAAUUGGAAGAUUCGUUUGAAUUUACUGUGUGCAUACCUUAAAAAGUACAGAAUUUUUGCCUGGCUCAGAUAGACAAUGUCCUGCAGAAGAUGGAUGCAUCCCCACAGAUGGAGCUGGGUAGCGAGGAUGCUUCACUGCAGGCAGGCUGGAGAGAUGAUUCUGUGGUUCUAAUGGGCCUUUGGCCUUGAGGAGUCUGUUCCCGAUGUCAGUGACACCUUUGUGCCAGGCAGAAGGCAGCUGUGUUGCCCAGGGAGCCCCACCCUGUUCGGCAGUUGCCUGGGGCAGUUGCUUCUGGAGAGCUGCUUUCGCCUGACCAGGCAAGGACUGGGACUGAGGAGGGAGGUGUGAGCAGGUAGCCUACCUCUGCCCAGAGAUGCCAGGAAGGAGGGUACGUGCGACAAGAUGCCAAUGUCUCAACUGGAAGCCAGGGAAGGAAGUAGUGGAGCCAACCCCCUGCCAGGAGAGCAGGGUCAUCAACGUAGAGACUGAACUCGACUUGCCACCUAGGGUAAGCAAUGUAGAGGCAGAAGUCAUCUUGCCACGUAGGUUCAUCAGUGUAGAGACCCAAGUCAGCUUGCCACUAGCUCCCAGCUCGGACACUGCUCCAGAGCAGCCGGUGGCAGAGUGCCACAGAGCCCAGGAAGAUGCAGUUGGCAUUUACUGUGGGACUCUGCUGUCAGCGUGGAGGAUGCAGGCGAAGGCAGGCACAGAGGAAGAUGACAAGGGAGCACUGGAGAUGUCUUUUCAUGUCAACAUGAUGAAUUCUCAAUGGGCCCUGAAAAGCUUGGGUGCCACCAUUGACAUGAAGAGAACUUCCCCCACCUACAGGUGCGGAUGGAAGUGGGGCUACAGUCUUUUGCUGAACAGAAGGUGCACUGAGGAUGAGCCUGACACCAUCUUGCAGAUGGAUGUCUCCCAGGGCAAGCGCUGGUGUUUCCCAGGGCAUUCUGGCUACAUUGUCAUCAGGCUGCCAGCCCGAGUCCACCUGACUGCCAUCGCUGUGCAGCACAUCGUUGAGGAAGACUCCUUGUCUGUGGCUGCCAGCAGUGCUCCCAAAGGCCUGGCUGUCUAUGGAUUUGAGGCUGAAAGUGAAGAGGAAACUUGGCUCGGUUCGUUCAUCUAUGAUGUGGCAAAAGAGUCCAUUCAGCCCUUCUCUCUGAAGAUCUCCAGAGCUUUUUCCUCCGUCAAAGUUCUUGUGAUGAGCAACUGGGGAAGCCCAAAGUACACGUGCAUUUCUCGAGUCCGGGUUCAUGGGAGGAUGGCAUAACAAGAGAGACCCGGAUAGAAGGCAGAAACUGGAAAGGUUCCAGGGUUUCAUAGAGCCCCAGUCCACCAUCUCCAGCUCUUGGGACAUAAAUUGUAGCUGCGAGAGAUAAGCAGAAAUGGACUGAAGAACAAGAGGCAAUGCCUUUAUGGCUAUUACCUAAAUGUAGGAUUAUAUUAGUGACAGAUGUCGGUUAGACAGAAUAGAAUUAUUAGUGAAGAUAAAUGCCGUGAGAACGUAUUCUUGUGCUUGUUUGGGGGCAGACUGUCAAGGCCAUGUGUGA